UUUAAUGAUUUGGUGAAAUUUGCCAAUUAUGGGGGCGUACUGCCUACCCCUGAGUUUCUUUCUGCUAAAUUUCAGAGGGGUUUGAAUGAGAAAAUUGCGAAGAGGAUGUCUAAUACUGUUGUGAGAAACUUUGCAGAUCUUGUGACCCAGUGUAAACGGGUUGAAAGUGUCUACAACAGAUAUCCAAAAUCUGGUUCUUUGAGGACAUCUGCUCCUCCCGGCAAUAAUAACAGAGGUGGCUACCAUCAAAACAAUAAUAGAGGUGGGGGGUUGCAAGUAAGACAACCCCCAGGUCAGUUUAAAAAGGGUGGUGGUCAGAGAAGUGGGAAUAAUGACAGAAAUUCUGCUCCUCGUUGUGAUAAGUGUAACAGGUUUCAUCAAGGGCCUUGUACUGUUAAUCAGCUACGGCGUUACAUUCCGGAUGAAUCACAUGUGGUGAUACCGGACGACAUUGAAAUCAGAGAGAAUUUGAAGGUUCCUAUAGGUCCUAGUGAGAGAAGAACUUGCAUUGGAGAGAAGAACUUGCAAUGGUUCAAGGUUUCAGCUUUUGGUGCUGCAAGUGAAAGAACUUGCAUUGGAAAGGAGAAGAAGAAAGAAAAAAAACUGAAGGUCGAUAGGAAUGUUAGUUCAGUGGAAGACAUUCAUGACGAACCAAGAAACCAAGUUGAUUGUGGAGACAAGAGAAUGAAGCUGGAGGUGGAGAUUUCCAAUAGAACUGAGUUCGUAUAUAAGGAACAAGAAGAUGAUGAUCUCACCAUGACUUGGCCACAGUUAUUUUCAUUGCAGAUGAGAGAGGUCGAUAGGAAUGUUAGUUCAGUGGAAGACAUUCAUCACGAACCAAGAAACCAAGUUGAUUGUGGAGACAAGAGGAUGAAGGAGGUGGAGAUUUCCAAUAUAACUGAGUUCGUACAUGAGGAACAAGAAGAUGAUGAUCUCACCAUGACUUGGCAAGAGUUAUUUUCGUUGCAGAUGAGAGAGGCUAACAGAGUCUUAGUCCAAGAAGUCGAUAGGAAUGCUAGUUCAGUGGAAGACAUUCAUCACGAACCAAGAAACCAAGUUGAUUGUGGAGACAAGAGGAUGAAGGAGGUGGAGAUUUCCAAUAGAAAUGAGUUCGUACAUGAGGAACAAGAAGAUGAAGAUCUCACCAUGACUUGGUCAGAGUUAUUUUCGUUGCAGAUGAGAGAGGCUAACAGAGUCGAUAGGAAUGCUAGUUCAGUGGAAGACAUUCAUCACGAACCAAGAAACCAAGUUGAUUGUGGAGACAAGAGGAUGAAGGAGGUGGAGAUUUCCAAUAGAACUGAGUUCGUACAUGAGGAACAAGAAGAUGAUGAUCUCACCAUGACUUGGUCAGAGUUAUUUUCGUUGCAGAUGAGAGAGGCUAACGGAGUCUUAGUCAAAGAACUCGAUAGGAAUGCUAGUUCAGUGGAAGACAUUCAUCACGAACCAAGAAACCAAGUUGAUUGUGGAGUCAAGAGGAUGAAGGAGGUGGAGAUUUCCAAUAGAACUGAGUUCGUACAUGAGGAACAAGAAGAUGAUGAUCUCACCAUGACUUGGAAUGCUAGUUCAGUGGAACACAUUCAUCACGAACCAAGAAACCAAGUUGAUUGUGGAGACAAGAGGAUGAAGGAGGUGGAGAUUUCCAAUAUAACUGAGUUCGUCGAUAGGAAUGCUAGUUCAGUGGAAGACAUUCAUCACGAACCAAGAAACCAAGUUGAUUGUGGAGACAAGAGGAUGAAGGAGGUGGAGAUUUCCAAUAGAACUGAGUUCGUACAUGAGGAACAAGAAGAUGAUGAUCUCACCAUGACUUGGUCAGAGUUAUUUUCGUUGCAGAUGAGAGAGGCUAACGUCGAUAGGAAUGCUAGUUCAGUGGAAGACAUUCAUCACGAACCAAGAAACCAAGUUGAUUGUGGAGACAAGAGGAUGAAGGAGGUGGAGAUUUUCAAUAGAACUGAGUUCGUCGAUAGGAAUGCUAGUUCAGUGGAAGACAUUCAUCACGAACCAAGAAACCAAGUUGAUUGUGGAGACAAGAGGAUGAAGGAGGUGGAGAUUUCCAAUAGAACUGAGUUUGUCGAUAGGAAUGCUAGUUCAGUGAAACACAUUCAUCACGAACCAAGAAACCAAGUUGAUUGUGGAGACAAGAGGAUGAAGGAGGUGGAGAUUUCCAAUAGAACUGAGUUCGUACAUGAGGAACAAGAAGAUGAUGAUCUCACCAUGACUUGGUCAGAGUUAUUUUCGUUGCAGUUGAGAGAGGCUAACGUCGAUAGGAAUGCUAGUUCAGUGGAAGACAUUCAUCACGAACCAAGAAACCAAGUUGAUUGUGGAGACAAGAGGAUGAAGGAGGUGGAGAUUUCCAAUAGAACUGAGUUCGUCGAUAGGAAUGCUAGUUCAGUGGAAGACAUUCAUCACGAACCAAGAAACCAAGUUGAUUGUGGAGACAAGAGGAUGAAGGAGGUGGAGAUUUCCAAUAGAACUGAGUUCGUCGAUAGGAAUGCUAGUUCAGUGAAACACAUUCAUCACGAACCAAGAAACCAAGUUGAUUGUGGAGACAAGAGGAUGAAGGAGGUGGAGAUUUCCAAUAGAACUGAGUUCGUACAUGAGGAACAAGAAGAUGAUGAUCUCACCAUGACUUGGUCAGAGUUAUUUUCGUUGCAGAUGAGAGAGGCUAACAGAGUCUUAGUCCAAGAAGUCGAUAGGAAUGCUAGUUCAGUGGAAGACAUUCAUCACGAACCAAGAAACCAAGUUGAUUGUGGAGACAAGUGGAUGAAGGAGGUGGAGAUUUCCAAUAGAACUGAGUUCGUACUUGAGGAACAAGAAGAUGAUGAUCUCACCAUGACUUGGUCAGAGUUAUUUUCGUUGCAGAUGAGAGAGGCUAACAGAGUCUUAGUCCAAGAAGUCGAUAGGAAUGCUAGUUCAGUGGAAGACAUUCAUCACGAACCAAGAAACCAAGUUGAUUGUGGAGACAAGAGGAUGAAGGAGGUGGAGAUUUCCAAUAGAACUGAGUUCGUCGAUAGGAAUGCUAGUUCAGUGGAAGACAUUCAUCACGAACCAAGAAACCAAGUUGAUUGUGGAGACAAGAGGAUGAAGGAGGUGGAGAUUUCCAAUAGAACUGAGUUCGUCGAUAGGAAUGCUAGUUCAGUGAAACACAUUCAUCACGAACCAAGAAACCAAGUUGAUUGUGGAGACAAGAGGAUGAAGGAGGUGGAGAUUUCCAAUAGAACUGAGUUCGUACAUGAGGAACAAGAAGAUGAAGAUCUCACCAUGACUUGGUCAGAGUUAUUUUCGUUGCAGAUGAGAGAGGCUAACAGAGUCUUAGUCCAAGAAGUCGAUAGGAAUGCUAGUUCAGUGGAAGACAUUCAUCACGAACCAAGAAACCAAGUUGAUUGUCGAGACAAGAGGAUGAAGGAGGUGGAGAUUUCCAAUAGAACUGAGUUCGUACAUGAGGAACAAGAAGAUGAUGAUCUCACCAUGACUUGGUCAGAGUUAUUUUCGUUGCAGAUGAGAGAGGCUAACAGAGUCUUAGUCCAAGAAGACGAUAGGAAUGCUAGUUCAGUGGAAGACAUUCAUCACGAACCAAGAAACCAAGUUGAUUGUGGAGACAAGAGGAUGAAGGAGGUGGAGAUUUCCAAUAGAACUGAGUUCGUACAUGAGGAACAAGAAGAUGAUGAUCUCACCAUGACUUGGAAUGCUAGUUCAGUGGAAGACAUUCAUCACGAACCAAGAAACCAAGUUGAUUGUGGAGACAAGUGGAUGAAGGAGGUGGAGAUUUCCAAUAUAACUGAGUUCGUACUUGAGGAACAAGAAGAUGAUGAUCUCACCAUGACUUGGUCAGAGUUAUUUUCGUUGCAGAUGAGAGAGGCUAACAGAGUCUUAGUCCAAGAAGUCGAUAGGAAUGCUAGUUCAGUGAAAGACAUUCAUCACGAACCAAGAAACCAAGUUGAUUGUGGAGACAAGAGGAUGAAGGAGGUGGAGAUUUCCAAUAGAACUGAGUUCGUCGAUAGUAAUUCUAGUUCAGUGGAAGACAUUCAUCACGAACCAAGAAACCAAGUUGAUUGUCGAGACAAGAGGAUGAAGGAGGUGGAGAUUUCCAAUAGAACUGAGUUCGUCGAUAGGAAUGCUAGUUCAGUGAAACACAUUCAUCACGAACCAAGAAACCAAGUUGAUUGUGGAGACAAGAGGAUGAAGGAGGUGGAGAUUUCCAAUAGAACUGAGUUCGUACAUGAGGAACAAGAAGAUGAAGAUCUCACCAUGACUUGGUCAGAGUUAUUUUCGUUGCAGAUGAGAGAGGCUAACAGAGUCUUAGUCCAAGAAGUCGAUAGGAAUGCUAGUUCAGUGGAAGACAUUCAUCACGAACCAAGAAACCAAGUUGAUUGUCGAGACAAGAGGAUGAAGGAGGUGGAGAUUUCCAAUAGAACUGAGUUCGUACAUGAGGAACAAGAAGAUGAUGAUCUCACCAUGACUUGGUCAGAGUUAUUUUCGUUGCAGAUGAGAGAGGCUAACAGAGUCUUAGUCCAAGAAGACGAUAGGAAUGCUAGUUCAGUGGAAGACAUUCAUCACGAACCAAGAAACCAAGUUGAUUGUGGAGACAAGAGGAUGAAGGAGGUGGAGAUUUCCAAUAGAACUGAGUUCGUACAUGAGGAACAAGAAGAUGAUGAUCUCACCAUGACUUGGUCAGAGUUAUUUUCGUUGCAGAUGAGAGAGGCUAACAGAGUCUUAGUCCAAGAAGUCGAUAGGAAUGCUAGUUCAGUGGAAGACAUUCAUCACGAACCAAGAAACCAAGUUGAUUGUGGAGACAAGAGGAUGAAGGAGGUGGAGAUUUCCAAUAGAACUGAGUUUGUACAUGAGGAACAAGAAGAUGAUGAUCUCACCAUGACUUGGUCAGAGUUAUUUUCGUUGCAGAUGAGAGAGGCUAACGGAGUCUUAGUCCAAGAAGUCGAUAGGAAUGCUAGUUCAGUGGAAGACAUUCAUCACGAACCAAGAAACCAAGUUGAUUGUGGAGACAAGAGGAUGAAGGAGGUGGAGAUUUCCAAUAGAACUGAUUCGUAA